CACAUCCAUCUUCCAUAAAUUUCAUUUUGUAUAAACAAGCGAAAAUGGCUCCAAGAGCUUUCCUUCUUACUCUAGCUUUUGUUGUUGUCCUUCUCAUUACCUCCGAAGUGGCUGCAGCUAGGCAGUUGGCUGAAAACACUAACAGUGAAAUUAACGACAGUGGACGUGGAGGACACAUCAUAGGCGGUGGACUUGGAGAGCAUCACAAAAGUGGUAACUAUGGAGGGCAUGACAAAGGUUGUAGGCGUGGUUGCUGUGGUGGUAGAGAUCCCUAUAGUAGAGGAGGGUGCAAGUGUUGCAGCACGUUUGAAGAAGCAACUGCUUACAAACAAACUAAAAACUAAUGGAAACACCGAGAAAGAACCAUCUUUUCAGUGAUAUACUAAAAGAUGUUUCACAAUGCAAUUAUGCAUUACGUAGUGCUUAUAUGUG